GUAGAAAUACUAUUAAGUCAUAAGAAUCAUUUACUAAUUUCACUUGUUCGACAAAUUAAUUAAGCCGCCAAUAAAUAUAAAUUUUGUCUCGUACGUUCGUACUCGCUCAAAAAUACAUAAAUUCACGAAUUGCACGAUGUCUGAGAACACAAGAAGUUCGGCAUUCAGAAAAAUCGACGUUGAUCAGUUCAAUGAGAACUUCAAAGAUGACGAGCAAACGGAAAAUCAAUCGACGACUGCCAUUCCAGAUGAAUCUGAAAUUACAACGAUGAUUAAUCAAGGUCGUUUUGCUGACGCUUUAAAAUCUGCGUUGAAAAAUGCACCUUUAGGAUCGAAAAAUCAACAAUUAAGGGACAAUGCCUUAAAUGUUGUAAUGAAAGUUCUUUUGGCCACCAAACUAUCACAGAUAGAAGAAGUUGUUGCUCAAUUAGAUAUUGACAUGGUAGAUAUUCUUAUGAAGUAUAUUUACAAAGGGUUUGAAAAGUCGACUGAGAAAAAGAGCAGUCAUCUUCUUAUGUGGCAUGAAAAAGCCUACGCUCUUGGAGGAGCUGGUAGUAUAAUCAGAGUACUUACUGAUCGCAAAAGAGUGUAACGUAACUAACAAUUUGUUUUAUUUUUAUUUUAACAUUAAUAUUGUCAAAAAUUGUAUUUCGUACUUUAUAACUAUUAAUUUA